AUGUACUUGAGAACGUUGAACGUCAGAACGAUCGUCAGUAAGGGUUCGUUACCAAUUAACAGUGAUGGCUGGACUGUCAACAUUGAGCCAAACAGAUUCAAACUUGACUGCACAAGAUCAGGAUCGUCCUCCACAAUGGCCAUCUUGGAUGUGAAUAUGGUGUCGAUCUCGGCGGUGGAAAAGAAUUGGAUAGUCGAGUUGAUCAGAUACUUGAACUCGUUGGACUUGGAUUGUAAUACCGUAGGGAGCAAGCUUGCGUCCAAAAUCAAGCUCACAAGGUCAAUCAACUGGGAAUCCGCGCCUUCUUCACCAAAAUCCUUAGAUAUAUAG